AGCUAAACUACAAGACGCGUUGGCAAACAAAUCUAACGACGAGUGAUGAUCAUCCUCCAUUAUUAUAUCAAAUCUCUAUUUUUGCCGUUGGAUUUUCAUCCCUAUUAGCGAGCUCUAUGAUCCAUUAAUCUUCCAAACAGUUGACGGGUUUUUGUGGACUAUUCAAAUUGAUCUAUAUUUCAACCCUGGAAUUUUAUAAUUGUGUUUGAAUUGAUUUGUAAAGGUGGGAUUUUCAUUCUUUGUCUUGAUCUAGAAGGGAAUUGAUUCUAGUUCAUAUUUUUGACAAGAACUAGGUGGGUACAGUGAAGAAAAAUUAGAUAUUCAGAUCCCAUUUCUGAGGAAGUUGCUUCAUUUUAGGUAUUGGGUUGUGAAAGAUUGAAGUUAAAAUGAGGAAAGCUGUAAUCUUUACUAUUGAAGUGUGUUAUAGGACAGUUAGGAAUCAUCCAUUCCUUGUGGGUGUGUUGUGUUUCUUGGUAUUUAUGUACAGAUCAUUUCCUUUUGUGUUUUCAAUCUUGGUGUCUGUCUCCCCUAUUCUUGUUUGCACUGCUGCACUGCUUGGAACUUUACUAAGUUAUGGUCAGCCUAAUAUACCUGUAUUUGAAUGGGAAGAAAACACAACUGAUCAUAUUGUGCCUUUGGAAACACGAGAUGCUAUUCUUGUUGAAAGUGACAAUAGUUACUUCACCGAGAGAUAUAGUGAUCAAGAGAGGGAUAAAGUAGACCAAUCAACGCGUAGUGAGGUUCAUAGGGGUAAAAGAUUUGGUGAUCAUUCUGCUCUAAUUGGUGGAGUGUUAGUUGGUGGAGUUACUGGGCAAGUGGCAAGGGAGUUUUAUGAGCAUAAAAAUGAAGACAAAUUUAGUGAUGCUGAACUUACGGAGGACCAGUGUUCUCCUACUUCGAAGGUUGAUGAAGAGAGCGUUGAGUUUGAUAAUGACAAAUCAGUUGAUUCCUUUGAUUCUAGGAGGGCUAAUUUUGAUUCUCCUCCCGGAUCACCUUGGAAACGUAGGGAGGAGGCCUUAUAUUCAGGGUCUGAUGGAGCAGAGAGUUCCUCUCCAGAUGCUUCAGUAGCUGAUAUUAUGCCAAUGCUUGAUGAGCUCCAUCCACUUUUAGAGGAAGACAAUCCCCAACCUGUCGGUUUGUCACAUGAUGUUUCUCAUGCUCCUUCAGAAAGUUCAACCAAGUCCUCCGAGAGCGAUGAUGAAUCUGAUGAUGAUGUUUCUGAAGACCAGGAAGAAGUAGAAGUUGCAGAUGAUGAGAAUGAAGAUGAUGAAGAAGAGGAAACACGAGAUACAGAAGGUCCAAAGUCUGCUAUUACAUGGACGGAGGAGGAUCAGAGAAAUCUGAUGGACUUGGGAACCUCUGAGCUAGAAAGGAAUCAACGAUUGGAGAGUCUUAUUGCAAGGAGAAGAUCACGAAAGAACAUGAGUUUUACAGAUGAAAAGAGUUUAAUAGACUUGGUAACUGUUGAUUUCAUGCCUCCCAUUUCAACAGCAAGACAAAACCCUUUUGAUCUUCCUAAUGAUAACUAUGGUCCUGGACUGCCUCCUAUCCCUGGAUCAGCUCCAUCUAUUUUGUUGCCAAGGUGUAAGCGGAACCCAUUUGAUCUUCCUUAUGACCCAAGUGAAGAAAAACCUGAUCUUACAGGAGACGCUUUCGAUCAAGAGAUUAUCACAUCUCAACCAAAAGAGACAUUUUUUAGGAGGCAUGAAAGUUUUAAUGUUGGGCCCUCAAUCUUUGGGCUGAACAAGAAAGAUACCCGUUUUAGACCUUACUUUGUUCCUGAUGUGAUGGCUGCUGAAGGAACAAGUUAUUCACCAUUACAAAGGCACCCCAGCGAUCUCAGUGAUUCCAAAGUAAGUUCUGUUCUUGAAACAGAGUCACAGGGCUCAAUUGAAGAUCUGGAAUACAAGAACCUCACUGAGGAAGAUGUAGAAGACAAGAACCUGAAUGAAGAACUGGAAGGCAAAAACCUAACAGAUGAACAUAUCUUCAAGGAACCAAAGCUGAUAUCUAAGAUAGAGCAUGCUACCGAGGAUAUUGGACAUGGAAGCCAAUCCUCCGAAGAAGUAGAAUGUUUGGUCCUAGGUGCAUCUGAUAAGAGAGAUAUUGAACUCGAUGACACUGAUUUUACACUACCAAAUGUGGAAAAUCAUCAUGAUUUGGUACCAAAUGUAUUCCAUGAAGAAACAGCAGCCAGUUCCAUAGUACUUGAUCCGUCUAAAAUUUGUUCAAAGUCAGCAACAUCUGAACAAAAAUGCAGUAGUCAGUCAAGCUCCUCCUCCUCAUCAGAAGUAGGUGAAAGGAUCUUUGCUGACAAAGUAGUGGUGAGAUUAAGUUCAGAGGAAUCGACGUUCCAUGUUGAAACCAUCUCUGAGCAUCCUUCGCCGAAUGUGUCAGAUCUGAACAUCACAAGCAGUUCAGUGGAGGAGAGUUCACAUUUGGAACCUAUUUAUGAUGCCAGUCCUCCUUCAAUUAAGAAAAAUACUUCUUCCUCCUCAAUUGCUUCAGAUCUGCUUCUAGAAUCUGAAACGGGGCAUGCCUCUGAGAGGGAACCUGUGGCAAAUAAUCGAGACAUUGAGAAGUCCAUUCCGAAGAAGGAACAAAUAUUUUCAUCAGCAGAUUCCAAAGAAUUGCGGCUGAGGGAGGCAAUAACUGACAAACAUGAGCUUGAUGUUGCAAAGUUGGAGAUAUCAAACCACGAUGAAGUCUUUGGCAGUGCAAGUGCUCUUCCGGUGCCUGUAGCAGAUAGUCAGACAUCAAUUGAUUCGAAGUCUUCCACUGAAGAGGCACCUGUUUCAGCAGAGAAAGCAAGGACCACAGAAAGCUUGAAUGUGUCAAAAGUUCAAGAAGUUCCUCCUAGUAUAACCUCUCCCAGGAGUCCUGAGUCUGUUCUUAAGACAUCUAAUGCUAAGGUGGCAACUGAAGAAUCAGAGAGUUCGAAAAAUGGACCAGUUCAUAAGGUAUCAAGUUUGAAAGACCAUGAGAUGGGACUACCAACUCUUGAACCAAGACCAACUGGAGACAUUGAUUUGAUUAAUAAGCAGACCCUUGAAGAGAAUGCUGACAGACGCGUCCUUCAUGAUUCAAUUGAUGAUGAUGUGCAUGUUAGAGAAUCCAAACGAAAAGGAGCUUCUCUACAUUCACAGGAUGUGGGGGCAGACUCAGCUGUGAAACAAGUCAUGAAAAAUGAUAUAGAUAAAACAAACACGAGCCUUCAACAAGCAUUAAAAACUGAAUCACGUGAAGCUAGCUCAUCUAAGAACUCCGAAUCAAGUCUCAAGAAAAUUGUUGUAUCUGGAAGAAGUGAAGCUGAUGCAGGCAAAAUAGAUCAGGAAGUUGUAAAACAAGAAGAUAAGGUAACUACCACCGAAAAGCCAAAUCUUGCAGUUGAGUUGCCUCAAGAGACAGGUGUAGUUACUGGUGAUGUUGUAGUCAAGAAAGAAAACCACACAAGUCAGGCUCAAGUUCAAGUUCCAGUGACUUCAAAAGAAAAUGUGGAUAGCUAGAAAAUUGGGAGAACAGGAGGUUGCAUUACAACUAAGGAGCUUGGGACUGUGAUGAGGUCGUUGGCACAGAACCCAACUGAGCUGAGCUGAGCACCAGGACAUGAUAACUGAAGUGGAUGCUGAUGGUAAUGGAACCAUCGACUUCCCAGAGUUUUUGAAUCUCA